AUGUCCACAACUGAUGACGAUUUUCUACUUGAGGCAUACAAGCGAAUAUGGUCUGUAUUAAACCAAACGAAUGCCCUACCGGUCGAGGUUCUUCCCAAGCAAGCCCACUUGGCGGCAGCGCGGGCCUCGUUGCCACAGCCGACAGGAGAUAACUACCUUACUGAGAUAGGCAGAGUUGCCGCAUUAGAUCACUUGUUGCGCGACAUUGCGCCCGCGCUCAAUGGCCAGAAUCGUUCGGGCAGAUACUACGGGUUUGUGACAGGCUCAACGCUGCCCAUCGCCGAGGCUGCAGAUAACCUCGUCACUGCGUACGACCAGAAUGUGCAGGUGCACCUGCCGACCCAGACCAUCGCAACCGAGGUGGAGGAUGCGGCGCUCAAGAUGCUGAUCACACUCCUUGACUUGGGUGAUGCCGCUGACUGGCAGGGCCGUACCUUGACGACUGGUGCGACAGCUAGCAACAUCCUCGGCCUCGGCUGUGCCAGGGAAGCAGUUGUCCAGGCCAGGCUGCCAGAAGGCAUGCCCAAUGGUGUAGGCGAGCUUGGACUUCUCGCUGCCUGCAAUGAGGCAGGCAUCAGAGACGUGCAGAUAUUGACUAGCAUGGGGCAUAGCUCUUUGUACAAGGCGGCGUCUAUCGUCGGACUGGGCAGGCACUCGGUGAAAGAUUUGCCGUACAGCGAUGACGAACCCUGGAGGCUUGACCUUCACAUGGUUGAAAGAGAAUUACAGCGCGAAGGUGUUGCGAGUAUUAUCGCUCUCAGCGCAGGCGAGGUAAACACAGGCCGCUUCGCAACGACAGGCAUAGAGGACAUGCGGCGCCUUCGUGAUCUGGCCGAUCGCUACAAAGCCUGGAUCCACGUAGACGGUGCCUUCGGCGUCUUCGCUCGGUGUCUGCCUCGGACGUCGGAGUACUCCAAGCUGCAACAAUACGCUGCCGGCCUCGAGCUUGCGGACAGUAUUACGGUCGAUGGACACAAGCUCCUCAAUGUGCCGUAUGACUGCGGCAUGUUCUUCACGCGCAAGGCAUCCGCCCUGACUAGCUGGUGCCAGAACCCCAAUGCCGCAUACCUAGCGGGUGGUGCCACGGAUGGGAUCCAGAGUCCCCUGAACGUAGGGCUUCAAAACUCGCGCCGGUUCCGCGCCCUGCCGGUCUACGCUGUGCUCUUGAGCGAAGGACGGGAGGGCAUUGCGCGUAUAAUGGAGCGGAUGGUACACUUAGCACGAGGUGUCGCUGAGGCUGUAAGGGAGAGCCCAGAUUACAUCCUCCUGCCGGACGAAAACACCAACGCCGAGGAUACGCAUGUCGUUGUUCUGUUCCGCGCAAAAGAUGAUGACCUCAACGAGAGGCUUGUAGAGACCAUUCACAAGAGCGGACAAUGGUAUGUUAGCGGGACAAAGUGGAAGGGGCAGACUGCAGUGCGGGUUGCGGUGUCGACCUGGAGAGUGAAUGUGGAUGAAGAUCUGCGGGACAUCAAGAGCUAUUUGGCGAGUAUGGCUGAAGACCACAAAAACGGAAUAUAG